AUGAGUAACUCUCUUGAAGAACGUCUGCGCAUAAACUCCAGUGCCUUUGAUGGCCUGCUGUCGCUAAUACCGGCAAAGUACUACUAUGACGAUAAGACACAGGACCAGUGGAAACAGAAGAAAAAGAGUAAGGAGCAAUCGAAGCUAGAUAAACGCAGCAAACUAGAUCCUGAGCUGCAAAACGAAGAUUCAGCUUCAGCGCUAGAUAUCAAAGCUCAAAGAGAGAUGAACGGGAAACCUGUCGUGCUUCCAGGCACCAAAGCGAUUCCACAGACGAGCGACAGUGAGGAAGAAGUGGAGGAAGAGGAAGACCAAGCCGAAAGCAAAUCAGAAGAAGAAGAAGAAGAAGAAGAAGAAGUGGUAAAACCACAGGUUUCCAACGUGAAAAAGUCCAACGUCACAACUAGUCAAGAUGACACUAGCCCCAAGGUUUCAGAAGGCUCAAAAGUCGCAUCAGAAGACGAAGAUGCGAUAGACGUGGUCUUCGACGAUCAGGGCAACGAAGUGGGCGUCCAGAAAGACGUGUCUGUGAAACACGACGGUGACGCCCCAAAAGACGCUUCAAAACCCGACAGAAAACAAAACCUGGCUAAACUUCGUGCCAAACUGCAGGAGAAAAUCCAAUCGCUAAAGGAGAAACGUAAAGCUCCUGGAUCCCUAGUAACAGGCGCCCCUAGCUCCCGAGAAGCCAUUCUGGAGCAGCGCAAAUGCAAACAAGAACAGAAACGGAAACGAGCCGAGCUGGACAAGGCCAAGCAGGACGAAUCAAGCGAGAACGAGUCUUCAGACAGUGAGGACGAUGAAGAAGAUCAGAUCAACUUGCAAUCGAAAAAAAGAAAGACCAGCAACGGCGAGGAUCUAACUGCAGAUCUCAUGUUCCAGAAUAUUGAAUUCGACGACGGCGAUAGAGCGACCUCUGAUCUGCAGCGUCUGCGGAAAGCUGGUAACAAGAAGGGACCCGCAAAGAACGAUAUCAAGGCUCAUCUGCAUGCCUCGGAACAGAGACGUGCUAAACUAGAGGCUAAGGACGAGCUCGACCAGAUAAAACAAAAGGAAAAAGAGAAAUGGCAGCGUGCCAUGCUACAAGCUGAAGGUGAAAAAAUGAAAAACGACGAGAAACUGUUACGCAAAGCCCUGAAGCGAAAGGAAGCCAAGAAACGCAAAUCUGCAGUCGAAUGGCGCGAACGGAAGGAAACCGUUGCCACUGCUAUUUCAGACAAACAAAAGAGACGCGAGGAAAACUUGCAGAUACGGAAGGACAACAAGGGAAAGAAGAGAUCUCACCAGGAGAAGAUGAAGCGUGGAAUAAAGGGCAUAAGGCCCAAGCGGGCGGGUUUUGAAGGACGUCUCAAAAGCCAGAAGAAGCGUUAG